CUGCGAGACGACCACAGGGUCGCCACGACGCUGGGGAACGCUGACAUCCACAAUCUGCUCGCUGAAGCGCCCGCCCGCUAUGGCAGCGACGGCGCGCUGGUGGCUGAUGAGCGCCAGUUCGUCCUGAUCCUCGCGGCUGACCUCGAAUCGUUCCGCGACAUUCUCCGCCGUCACGCCCAUGUGGUAGCGGUUGACCGGGCAGCCAAGCCCCUCGGUCAUCCGUCUCGCAUUGUCGCGUCGCCCAUUCGCAAGCCGUCGAAGCGCGCCUGA